AUGGCCCAGUACGCCGCCUCGGCCGCUCAACAAGCCGCUGCUGGCCAUCAGUCUCUUUCGCCGCUAUCGCCGUCCGCCUCCGUUUCCGCCUCAGUCGGAACUGCUCCGCCAUUGACUCCAUCCGGCACCGCUCCGGCCGGCACUGCUGCAGCUGCGGGUCCCGCUCCGUCUGCCGCCACGGCCCAGAGUGGGGCCGGAUCUUCUUCCGCCUCCCAACCUCAGGACAAGCCCCGGUCCCAGUCGCAGUCCGGUGCCGGCCCUUCUGCCGCUGGCGGUGGUGCCUCUUCUGCUGCAGGAACCCAACACAAGCGGGUGUAUCAAGCAUGUAUUCCCUGUCGCCGUCGCAAGGUCCGGUGUGAUCUAGGGUCCGUCGAUAACCCUAGUGAUCCGCCAUGUGUCCGCUGCCGGCGCGAGAGCAAGGAAUGCUACUUCAGCGCAACCCGCCGUAAGCGCAAGUUGGACGAUGACAUGACUGACAUCUUUGAUGAUCCCGACCAUGAUGACUACAUUCUCCGCAACGGCAGGAAGCAGCUACGCAGUGGUGAAAGUCCGGUCAUGGCUGCCCCUCUUGAUCGCCGUCUCUACAGCGAUGUCCCUCUCACUCCUGGGGGUAGUCGGGGUCGGGCACAACCGUUGAGGAGACCCGGAGAUGGCGGCCCCAACAGCACUACGAGCACUGGAGGUGCUCGGAGUACUACCGGCGGCGAGUUUGGCGCUGGUGAGGCCAACACUCCCUUGGAGAACCUUGAGGCCAGAACAGUUAUGCGCAGGGAGGUCUACGGUCCACAUGACGCUCUAGACUUGUUGUACAAGGCGGCGACCGACAACCCGAUGCAUAGGCAGGACGGAGAGUCUACUGCCGCCGGGGGCUCUUCGCGGACCAAUCAUCAUGCUGGUCGCCCUGGUCUGAACUCCCGUCACUCAUCUCACCACAAUGACCGUCCGGGUUACCACUCUCGUCACGCUUCAAGACAGGAAGCGCCCACCGAAUCUAUCGACCCGGAACUCACCAAGCGUGACAUAUCACAGGAGCCGGGCUACAACGAGGCACUGAAAGCAUGGGCGCGCUUUCGGUUCGUGCGGGCUGGGUGGUUUACUGCGCAGGAGGCGAUUGAUUACAUAGAAUACUACUAUGCAUAUCUUUCACCACUCACGCCUAUAUCACCUCCUACGUUCCGGAAUCCAGCUUCGCACCUCACGUUGUUGACUGAGGAACCCAUCUUGACAGUGACGCUCCUCACUAUUGCGUCAAGGUAUCGCCGCAUGCCAGGAACCGGAGGCCACUGUCGAUCACACGCCAUCCACGAACAGCUAUGGACCUACCUCCGAGGCAUGAUCGAGCGCGUGGUCUGGGGUCAGGAGGCAUUUGGUGGUGGCUUUUGUGGCUCGGGUGCGGACGAAUCGCAGAGUUCUAGCACGGCACCAUGGAGGGGUCUUCGCCGCGGCAGUCUCAGAACAUUCGGCACAAUUGAGUCCCUUAUGAUCCUGACGGAGUGGCAUCCACGAGCCCUCCACUUCCCGCCGAGCGAGGCCAUUGACGAGUUGCUUUUACCCUCGUAUGAGCACAAUUCUGCGGAUGACGACAACAACCAAAAACCUUCAGCUGGGAUUGGCGGCAGGAGAAUAGAGAGCUGGCUGGAGCCUGCCUGGCGAAGUGACCGUAUGUGCUGGAUGCUGCUGAGCACCGCUUUGGGCUUGGCGUACGAGCUCGGAGUUUUUGACGACAUCGACGAGCUGCUCGCAACCGGAUCCAUAACUCGGCCGGAAUAUGAAGAUGAAUCGUAUCGCCUUAGAGCCCAUCGCAUCAAGAGAUUACUCCUGAUUUACCUGAGCCAGCUUGCUGGCCGGCUCAACUGGACAAACAUGGUCCCUGAGAACAUGCGUAACGAUCCUAUCAUGUCACGAAGGCGACCUCACUCGGGAGAAGGCACAACUCCGGGAACCAAUCCUUCGUCCACGUCCAACGGGUUUGUGUACAUCCCCGACCUCGAGCUAGACGACCAGAUUAUCCUCUGCUGGGCAGGUGUUAGCAAUGUGAUGCAUAGGGGCAACGAGAAACUCUUCCGGUCUCGCAACUACACCACCGAUAUCAUCCAGAGCGGAAAGUACAUACAACUGUUGAAGGAGUUCCAGCCUCUGUUGAGGAAUUGGUGGAACGACUUCAACCGAUUUGUUUUGCCACCAUAUAUCCGGCACAUCCUAACCAUCGAGUAUGAAUACGUCCGAAUCUACGUCAACUCGCUUGCUUUGCAGGCUGUCGUUGAGCGGUGUACCAACAAUCCCAACGUUGGAGGCGGAGGCUCAGCCAACGGUGGAAGCGUCUCGGGACACUCUGCUCCGCAACUGUCACCGCAGACGCAGAACUAUCUCGGAAAGCUGCCGCUCAGUCAGCUUGGUGGGUUCGGGGCUGAAGACGAGGAGUAUGUGAAAGAGGUUGUUAACGGCAGCCGAAACCUGCUUCGAACCGUUGUCGAUGGUCUCUUGCCCAAGGGUUACCUAAAGCACGCUCCUGUGCGGACCUACUUCCGCAUCAUCAGUGGUGCCAUGUUUCUGCUCAAAACGUUUGCACUCGGUGCGCCCAAAUCAGAUGUCGAGUUGAGCAUCAGCCUGAUGGACCAGACGGUAGAUGCUUUGAGGCACUGCGUUGUUGACGACGUUCAUCUGGGAAUACGCUUCGCAGAUAUGCUCGAAACUUUGACGAGCCGGCUACGCAACCGCUUUAUUCACGCCCCGCCGCCGCCCGUUGCCACUACAGAUGGUCGGUCUCCCAAUCCAAAUCACCAAGCUGAUACUACCAACGGCAACGGUCCCAUGCCCCAUGGGGCUCCAAAUCUUUCCUCGGGGGACGUCUGGUCCAAGCUGUCUGCUAAUAAUCUCGAACGCGCCAAUCCUACAAACAACAUCUCCGCCACCCCCUGGGACGUCGCAGCUGGUGACUUUCCCUACCCCACCGGCUCGGCAUCCAUGUUCGGCCCAUCUACGCCCGCCGCCACGUCUAACUUACCCGAUACCAAUGGCAACAGCAAUGGCAACGGUGGUGGCGGCGGCGGCGGCGGUGGUGGUUUGACGGACAGCAUGUUUGAGAACACGGAUUGGGCCAACCCUAGCAACGAGAUGUGGUACCUCCCCACCGGCCCGGCCUUUUUCCAAAAUAUCGACAAUACGAGCGUGUCGAUGACAGCUGAGGGUGUCAAUGUGGGUGGUGUCGAUUUGUUGGAUUUUAUGGCAAUGGAUCCGAUGGAUGGGGCUAGUUUUGUUCUCGACGGGGGGAGGUAUCCUUGAGUGUUCGAGUUGAGUUUUGGGACAGAGGAUCGAUCUCUCUGUGAAUUUGCGGCUGAUGGUGGAAAAAAAAGAUGGGAGCGAGGUGAUUAUCAUUAUCAUCGUGGGAGAUAUAUAAAGGAGAGGAAGGAGGAUGGGACAAACCAUGCUGAGAGAGCUAAUGAGUUGCAGGUAUGGUUGGAGAAGGCAUCGUGAUGGUUG